AUAUUUAUUUCCGCUAUUCUCCCGUUCCGUGAUUGUGCUGGAGGUUUUGCCCAUCUGUGCAGAGAUGGACAAGGGUUGCGGCGACGCUUCAGACCAUUUUACCGAAAUUAUUGAGCUCAAUGUCGGAGGGCAAGUUUACGUUACGCGGCACUCAACUUUACUCUCCGUGCCAAAUUCUUUACUUUGGACCAUGUUCAGUCAGAAAAAACCCACGGAACUUACCACAGACAGCAAAGGACGCUUCUUUUUGGACAGGGAUGGCUUUCUGUUCAGAUAUAUUUUGGAUUACUUGCGGGACCAGACUCUGGUUUUGCCCAAUUACUUCAAAGAGAAGGCGAGCCUUCUUAAAGAGGCAGAAUAUUUCCAACUCCAAGAGCUGGCGAGACUCCUGAGACCGGCUGUUAGUAAGGAGAACUCUAUCAGCGAGGAGGUGUGCCAGAGCGACCCGGAGGAGGCUGCGUUCUCCGGCGCGCUCGCCGGUACCAGCAUCGCCUGCGCUGGCCCUCGCUCACCAUCCCUGGACGCGAGGAAAAUCGGCUACAUAACAAUCGGUUACAGGGGGUCCUACACCAUAGGACGAGACAUCCAACAGGAUGCCAAAUUUCGGAGGGUGGCGAGGAUCACCGUGUGUGGCAAAACGUCUCUGGCCAAAGAAGUUUUCGGGGAGACGCUAAACGAAAGCAGAGACCCCGACCGGCCCCCUGAGAGAUACACGUCUCGCUAUUACCUGAAGUAUAAUUUCCUGGAGCAAGCCUUCGACAGGCUGGCUGAGGUGGGUUUCCACAUGGUUGCGUGUAGCUCCACGGGCACCUGCGCGUACUCGAGUAACGACCCCAACGAGGACAAAAUCUGGACGAGUUACACCGAAUAUGUGUUUUGCAGGGAUUGAAGUGGAGCCUAUGACUCUUUUUGGAACUGUUAUGUCAGACUGUUGCUUUAUAUUUCUUAAACACCUCUCAUCCAUUCGUUACGCACCAUGAAUGUCUAGAUUUGUGCCACAAUGCCUACAUGUAAACUCAAAUAAGGGACCCUUUAAAAGCAGGCAGACGUUUUAUGCAUAGGUGUGUGUGUGAGUAAUAAUUUAAUAACAAGGAUGCAAACGUCUUAGCCAAUUAUCAGUGUUCUGCUAACAGGCUGGAGGCACAAAACGUAUUGUGAGAUAUAUUACAUUGUGAAAAGAUUAAGCACAUCAUUUUGUGAAACAAAUCAAUCUUUAUAAAACUAAAAUUCUUAUCACUUUUUGAUAUUAAAAUUUCACUCAGAUUUAAUGGUAUUCAGUUCAUUUUUUGAGAGCACAUGCACAAUAAUAAAAUAUGUCAUCUUAUUAAAUGUAUAAUCCCAGUAGCAAUAUCAUCAACAGCAAAGUCAGAUAUAAACCUGUUUCAUAAUAACUAAAAACACCAUAUGCUUUUCACUGAGUCUGUAUUUGUGUUUUAAUAUGUUUGCACUUCUAUGUAUCAACCCUUUUACUCUUUGCCAUGAUGUCUGUCAGCUUCACACACAGAAUAAAUUUAUCAUUAAAGACAUACAUGCUUGAAUGGAGACUCUGAAUGC